AUGAGUAGAACUCAAGUUAUGAUCAAAUUAGUGAAGACUGGUCCAGACGGCCUUAUCGAGAAUUCGCAUCCUGAGCCGCUCACACCGGCCGAUCGAGGAACGAACCUACCGCGACCGUGCCACGCAUAUCAUCCGCGUCCAGCCAAGUCCACAGCCGAUCCCACGUACCGACCCGGGAGGCAUCGUCCCGCGGUCGGCCAAAUCAAUUUCACACGGCCAAAGCUGCGCGCGACCAUACCGCGCGAACAGGAAGGCAACAUCUCGCGGCCGCGUAGCACAACUCACAAAAGGAGUUAUGCAAAAGUGAAGACUGGUCCAGACGGCUCUAUCGAGAAUCGCCCGAAGCCGCGCACACGGCCGACCGAGGAACGAACGUACCGCGAUCGGCCAACGCAAUCAUCCGUCCGCCAAGUCCACGGCCGAUCCCACGUACCGACCCGGGAAGCAUCGUCCCGCGGUCGGCCAAUCAAUCACACGCCAGCGCGCGCGACCGACCGCGCGAACAGGAAGGCAAGCCUCGCGGCCGCGCGCACAACUCACGUACCGCGGCCGACCGUCCGCGCGACCAGGAAGGCUUCGUCCCACGACCGGCCAAGAUUCAUCGGCCAAAACUUUCAUCCGUCCGACCCGCGGCCGAACACGAAAACUCUCGGCCACGAUCGUUCCGACCGUGCCGAUAGCCGACCACGACCCGACGACCGGCCGACGUCCCGACCGACCGUCCGAACGCGGUCGACCCGAAGCCGUUUUUGA